CAUUGCCUCAGUCUAUUUCCAUUUUUCUACUCGUUCGGGUCACACUGAUCAGCUUCGAAAAAAAUCAUCGAAAUUGUGUAAAAUUAUUGCAGGAAAUAUUAUUUUUUCAAAAAGGGACAUAUAUAUUUGAAUUUAAAAUACUAAGGGAAUGAAAAUAGACAGGAAUUUCGCGUGAUUUUCGAACAAUAGACAUAAGAGAAUUGGAAUUAGAAUAUUAGAAGAAAAUAAAUUAUGGAUCAUUGGAGGUUUCGAUUUGUUGAAGUCACCCGGGACGAACACGAGUCCUGGAUUGUCUUCUUCGUGUGUCUGAUAGUGCACUGGACUCAGUGGCAUGCUCGCGUGGGACCACCGCCACCGCCCUUGGUGCAGCAACCCAGUGACCUGGACAUGUUCACCUACGAGCCGGUCUGGGCCGAUGUCUUCUUUUGUGCGGCCUUCCUUUGCUUCAUCUUGCCGUACCGAUACAUGUGGGCCAUUCGCUAUCGCCAAAAGAUACGAUUCUUUUUGAUCUUGCUGGAGAUCCUGAUCCUCAUCCAUUUAUUGGAGUGGUUCAAUCGCACCAUCUGGCAGCCGGUCAUGGGGGUCUUCGAUGCCGUCCAGCAGCUUACGUUCCUGUACAUCGAGGAGUCAUGCGAGCACUGGCGUUUGGUGCCCGGCCUGUUCAACUGGUUGGUUGCGAACGGGCCCCAAGUUUUCCGGCUGAUGGCCUCGGUUGUGUGCCUCUUCACGGCUAUGGAGACGGCGGGAAAAAAUUGGAUUCGCUAUAUCGUGUACCUGGAGCGGAUCUGGGUACCAGAGGGCCAAAACCAGAGGCCUGCUCGCCACUGCAGCUUCAAAAUCUCGAACUAUCGCCGCAACAUGUACAACAAUUCGCCACAUUUCACAAAUACGCGACGCUACUGUCGGGCUUGCAUGGCGGAGAUGAAGUGAGGGAUACUAAAGACCACAGUCGCUAUCAGAGAAUUAGACCAAAAACCGGGGCAUACACUAAUAACACAGAACACUGGCAUCCCACUGGGACCCAUCGGUUGGAGGAGCUUUUUGUGGGGGGAGCUCUUUCCAAUACGAUGUUUAAAUUGCAACACUUGCAUGGUACACCCAAGCCCCAAAGUUAUCAAUAAAGUUGUUUUUGGUCUUUAUUUUAA